AUGGCAUACUCAUCAAGACCGACCUCGAUGCUUCCAGGUGCCCCUGGCGGAUCGUCCAUGCGUCAGCCCAGCGGUUCACAAUCUCAACAAUCUUCGGCCCUGUCGGCCCGCAUUGCAGCCAAAAAGGCUGAGCUAGAGAACUUACGUCAACUGCGCGACUUGAGUGGAACAUUGGCAACACAAAUGCAAGCUCUGGAGAAUAAAGUCUCCACGCUGAAGGAGGGAACUGAAGCUGUGGCAUACGUUCUUUCCAAUUGGGAUAAUGUCCUCCGAGCCAUUACGCUCGCUUCAAAAAAAGCAAGCGGCCUCCACGCACCUCUGGCCGAGUCAGAAAGCAAGAAUGUGGGUAAUGAACCUUCUCUGCCGGCAACACUGGUUCGCAUUCCAGCUGAGCCACGUGAAAAAACGGGCGAGUGA